UUUGGUUUGUUUACGUUUAGAAAAGGGCCGAAAUCAAUAAAAAUAAAAGCUUUUUAUUAAAUUUUCACUGAAAAAAGACAAAAUAAAGCUAAAAAAUGGGCGAUCGCUAUAACAUUCACUCCCAAUUGGAACAUUUACAAUCAAAAUAUAUCGGAACAGGACAUGCUGAUACAACAAAAUACGAAUGGCUUACAAACCAGCAUCGUGAUUCCUUGGCGAGUUACAUCGGGCAUUACGACAUGUUGAGUUAUUUCGCAAUUGUGGAGAACGAGACAAAAGCUCGCGUUAAAUUCAACUUAAUGGAGAAGCUUUUACAACCUUGCGGACCUCCUCCGAUGCCAGAAAAGCAUUUAGAGACCUAAAUUUCCUCAAAAAUUUCAAUAAAAAUUAAUUUUUUUAA